UCCAAACGUCAAAUAAAAUUUCAGUAUACAAUUUUGCUGUUCCGCCAAAGUACAUAGUCAUCACCAUUUGAUAAAAUGGCAGAAGCCCAAGAAGAACCAAAAAAGAUUACGAUCAACGUAAAAACACCUAAAGAAAAACAACAGGUUGAAAUAGAGGAAGAUGCAGAUAUCAAAAAACUUAAGGAAAUUCUAUCAACUAAGUUCAAUGCGGAACCUGAACAAUUAUGUCUCAUCUUUGCUGGCAAAAUCAUGAAUGAGCAUGACACUCUAAAGCAACAUAAUAUCAAGGAUGGAUUGACAGUUCAUCUUGUUAUCAAGACUCCACCGAGACCAGAACCCGAAGGCGCUACUCGACGUCCUCCAGCCGAUGUAAGUGCAACUCCAUUUGGUUUGAACUCUCUUGGCGGUCUGGCAGGCAUGGAAAGCCUCGGUCUCGGUCAAAGUACCUUUAUGGAUUUACAGGCACGAAUGCAACAAGAGCUCCUGUCCAAUCCAGAUAUGUUGAGACAGGUGUUAGAUAAUCCACUGGUUCAACAGAUGAUGAAUGAUCCAGAAAAUAUGAGAAGUCUUAUAACAUCAAAUCCACAAAUGCAAGAUCUUAUGUCUCGCAACCCAGAAAUAAGUCACAUGUUAAACAAUCCUGAUCUUCUCCGUCAAACAAUGGAAUUGGCAAGAAAUCCAGCAAUGUUGCAAGAGUUGAUGAGGUCCCAUGAUAGAGCUCUUUCUAAUCUUGAGAGUAUACCAGGUGGGUAUAAUGCAUUACAGCGGAUGUAUCGCGAUAUUCAAGAGCCAAUGUUGAAUGUGGCAAGCAGUAUGGCAGGGAAUCCUUUCUCUGGUCUAGUUGACAACUCAGAUGGUACAAACCCACAACAGGGUGCUGAAAACCGUCAGCCAUUGCCAAAUCCCUGGCAGCGAGGCGGAGGUGGUGGUGGUGCAGCCCCAGGAUCUGGCACCACUGGCAGCACAGCCCCCGGUGUGCUAAACACUCCAGGAAUGCAAUCAUUACUACAACAAAUGUCUGAGAAUCCACGGCUCAUCCAGUCUAUGCUGUCUGCUCCGUACACAAAUAAUAUGUUGCAAGCUUUUGCUGCAGACCCAGAUAUAGCAGCACAGCUUAUCAAUCAGAAUCCAAUGUUUGCAAACAACCCACAGCUUCAGGAACAAAUUCGUGCCAUGAUACCACAGAUGUUGAAUCAAUUACAAAAUCCUGAAAUGCAGCAGAUGAUGUCGAAUCCACAGGCGCUGAACGCGUUGCUUCAGAUCCAACAAGGCAUGGAGCAGCUCCGGUCGGCGGCGCCCUCGCUCGUCAACAACCUCGGCUUCGGCGCGGCCGCCGCCCCGGCGCAGCCGCCCGCGACCCCCGCGCCCCCCGCGCAGGGCAACCCGCAGACCAACCCUCGACAACAACAGAAUACGGAACUCUUCACACAGUUUAUGCAACGGAUGGUUGCAGCCAUGGCAAAUGAUCAUAACAACACCAACCAACCUCCAGAGCAACGCUACUCACAACAACUGGAACAGCUUGCUGCUAUGGGAUUUCUCAACCGGGAUGCCAAUCUGCAAGCGUUAAUUGCAACAUUUGGAGAUGUUAAUGCUGCAGUGGAAAGGCUACUUGCACUCGGACAACUGUCAAUGAGCUAACAUACUCGCGUAUAAGUCUAAUGAUACAAUUCAAAUGCCACAGUUUUGAGAUACUAUUUAUACACAAUUAUUCUUCAGAGGCCAGUCUGCUGUUCUUAUUAUUGCCAUAUACAACCGGAAUUGUCGCAGUUUUAGUUUUACCGGCUUUUAUAAAUGAAUAGUAUUGAUGACAAUGGUAGAGUUUAAGGUUGGUCAGUCCGAAGACAGGCACUGAGGAAUUUUUUAUUAUAUUUGGAUGUAAAGUGGAAAAUAAUCAGAAUAAUUUAAAUGGUCCUUUAAAUUAUCUGCAAUAACAAACAGAAGGUCCACUAUAAUAUGUAUAUAUAAAGGGCAAAGAUGGCUUUGGAAAUUUUAUUCCGCGGUUUUGGUUUCUAGGUGGUGGGUAUCAAAAGCUAUAUAUACUUUUAACUAGGCAUGCAUACCCGGGCAAGUGAUAUGCGGGUUUUGAGUGGGUCGUCACUAGUUUAAUUUUACCAACCACCUGUAACCAGACAACUUUCGAAUACGGAAGGGUUCCAUAGUUCUCCCUAUAACGUACUAAUUCCCUAUAAUGAAUAAUAGCUAUUGGCAUUUUAGAAAGAAAGUUCUGUAGUUGCAGAAUAAUAUUUUAUUGCUAACUUAUUUAAUUUAAGUUUAUUGUAAACUUAUUUAGCCAUCAUUAUAAUGCAAUGUACAGUUUCUAUGUAAUAAGGGUCAAUUUCUGCUUUUCGUUUUUUAUAAUACUAGGUACUAUUCAUUCAGAUAAUUAUUAAAUAGCUGUUAAUUUUUUCAGUGCCAGUAUAUUCAGAAUCAUGGUCCAAUUGCAACCCCCCACUUUUAGGAUGUAGUUGUUUUACAUCCCGUAUAAGAUUUGGAUGUUAGAGAUUUUCGAUUAUGGUAAAUAUGUUUGCAAUAAUUGUUAUUAUAUAAUAAUAAUUCAUAAAAUAUUUUCAUAUGGUGCAGAAAGAUUGCAUUAUAAACUGCUUGUCAGGAUAUUGUGUCUAACUAAAGUGUGCAUUUGAAAGUGGACCUUCUGUGAUAAUUUGUUUUUCCUUCAUCAAUAAUAUUUUUAUCUCAAAUCUGUGGCCAAAGUCGAAAUCGGCUAUAAAGUAUGUGAAUUGAUAAAUAUAUGUCAAUCUUACAGCUAAAUAUAAUUACUAUCUAUCAUUAAAUUUAUUAUCCAUUCCUCUUCGUUUUAGUUGAUAGAAUUUAUUUCUUAUAUAGAAAUAAAUUUACUCAAGUGUAAAAUUUAUUUCAUAUGUAAAGAUGUAAUACUUUUGUUUGCACUUGUUUGUUUAUACUUUUUAUCUUCAAUUAUUGUAGCGAAUGGUGUACAUAGAUGCUUAAAGGUGAAAUGGGAAGGCCACAGAAUGUAUUGAGCUUUACAUUUUUGUGUUUGUACAGUAUUUUGUAUUAGCUGCUUAAAAAUUCUUAUAAAGUAUGCACAUAAAAAUUUGAACCAAACUUCGGGCAUUAAAAUCUGAAUUAUUGGUAUUGAGUAAGACAGUUCCCACCAAAGUCAAUGGCCUCUCCAAAUAUGGUGGCAGUUAAGAAUUCGCGCAUACUAUAAUAUACUGCAAUAUAAUAAUAAAAUUAAUAUAUUAAAUAUAUUUCAAAUAACCAACCCUUACUGUUGGUGUUAUGAGUCUCUGUUUGAAGUGAACAAAGUUUGGCUAGAACUGUAUUUCACAAAUAAAUGCAUUUUUCACACCUAAUUUUAUUUUAUAAUAUUUGUUACGACAUACUAUAUCUCGAGUUUAGUUUGCACUAAUAGAAAAUGCUACAAACGUUGUGACUGCAAAUAAUGUUGUAUAAUAAGUUUUAGAUUUCCUAAUUACUAAAAGUUAAUGCAGUAUUACCCCUAUAACGCGGUACGCUUAUAACGGUUUGCCAUAUCACGCGAUUUCAAAGGCUAAUAACACGGGCAUAUCGCAUAUAACGCGGGGAUUUCCCACAUACAUAUUUCUGUAUUGUGAAAUUUAUAACGAUUUGUACAGUUAAUAAUUAGCUUGGUGUACCUUUGCACGUGUGUCAAUUGUGUUAUUACAAAAAAAAGUUAUUUUAUUAAAUUUGUGCAUUAAAACCUGAAUAAAAUGGUAAAACUAGGCAAACAAACUGGAAAUACUUGUUGCAAAUUGUGAUUAAUUAUUAUGACGAAUUACGAGGUAGUUAAAACGCGUUAUAAGAGGACGUAUCUUUUCCUAUAACGCUGUAGAGUCGUUCCGCGUUAUAGGGAGAUUGUCUGUAUAUAAUUUUUAUAUUCAAUUAAUACAAAUGGUUGUAUUGAUGGUGGGUAUUUGAUAAGCUUAUUAAGGAUUCGAAAUUGUAUGGUUGUAUUGUAUAUACUAUCCGCCAACGCUGGUAUCUUGAGCAGUAACUAUGGUAGUGCCCACUUAUGUAGUGACGCGCCGUGUUGCUGUCUAUCGUAACCAUUAUUUAGGCAUACCUUAGUGUUGGCGCGAGUAUGAUGGCCACUUUCGCUUUUGUCUACUUUUGGUGGUAGUGUUUUAAUAAAACUGUGUGCUUUAAUUUAUAUUCUUAUAAUUCAUAAGUUGUUAAAAAAAAUAUCCGAAGCGUUUAUUGGAUUUUUUGUCGGUUGACCAGAAUUAUAUUCUAUGACGGCUUGAGUUUUCACUUUAAAAAGUUUCAAUAUCAAGCUAAGGUGAUACUGUCAUUGUAUGUUUAAAUUUUUGUGGUGAAGCAUUUUGGUAUUCUUAUUGGAAUAAAACUUCAUUUAAACAGUUUGUAUUGUUGAUUUUAAUGUAUUGAUAUAAUAAUACAUAAUUAAUUAUUAUACUUAUAAUUAUUAUAAUCUUAAUCGUCGACAAUUUUGUUUUGAGUGGCUGGUCUGUGACAGAAUACAAUUACAAAUACAA